AUGCAAUAAACAUAAUAAAGAAAUUUUAUGCUGAAUGUUAAUCAUACUGAACCUAAAUUUGGUCGAUUGGCAUGUGUAGAAUGUAUUGAAGAAAAUCCUUUUCAAUAUAUUAGUUUAAAAGAAGCAAAUAAUAUGUGGAAUACUUUUAUAGGAUAAUCAGAAGAUUUAAUUUCAGAAGAGAAAAAACAUUUAAAAUGGUUAUAGAAGAAAUUAAAUAACUAAAAGAUAAUUAUAAUAAUUCAUCAGAAAUGUUGUCUUCAAAAGAUGAAUAGCUAAUUAAAAAUAAUAAAGAGUUUUUAGACUUCCUUAAAUUAGAAAAUAAAUACAUUUUUAUUUAGAUGAAAAAUCAAUUGAGAAAAUGAUUGAUUUAUUAAGUUAAUAAGAUAAAAAUAUUCUAUAGUAAUAUAAGAAGCAAGAUAGACUUGAUAAAUUAUUUUAUCAAAAUGUCAAAUCCAAAUUAGAAACCCUUAUCAAGCAUGAUUUACUUUGCAAGUAAUAAUUGAUGAAAAUUUUAUAAGAUUAAUAAGGUAAACUUAAUUGAUUUAAUUUUAGAUAAUUCAGACCUAUGA